GGUUUAGAUACGUUAUGGGGCUCGCGAAUAAGUUCACAUAUACCAAUUCACCUUGCGUCUUAUGAAUUACGUGAGAAAAGCGCCAGAUAUCCCGAUCGUCGUAUUUCAUACUUCUCACCGCCCUUAGGCUACAUCGGUGCGACAGGUUAGAGUUCUUUAUUUAACACCAAAACCCUCUGCUUUUUUUGGUAUAUAUACUUCUUCUCUCCCAAACCGGACUUCUCCAUCUGCCUAGCAGGAUGGCAGGACAAGCGCUGCGUGAACAGCUUGCAGGAGUAAAUUAUCCGCCAGUGGCGCCCAACUGGGGCGCCGAUUAUUGUACUAAUCACUAUGACACGUAUGACUAUAUUAAUCCCAUAACAAGGUCCAAUUGCGUCGGAAAGGCCAUUUUGGUGACUGGGGGGAAUAAGGGGAUUGGAAAAGGCAUCGCUCUAUCGUAUGCUAGAGCAGGUGCAUCGCAUAUCGCUAUCACUUCCCGCUCAGACGUUCCGGAAGUUGUAGCAGAGAUUGAGAAAAGUGCAGCCGAUGCCGGACGAGCGAAGCCGGUAGUGGUAGUGCUGCGGUUAGAUGUCACCGAUUCGACAAGUGUGACUAACGCCGCUCAAGUCUUAGAGGGGCAAUGGGGCCGGCUCGACAUCCUAAUUGGAAAUGCAGGAUAUCUGUCCAAGUUCGACAAGAUAUUAGAUGGAGAUGAGGAAGCAUGGUGGCGGAACUUCGAAGUUAACGUUCGCGGAAGCUACCUUGUUGCGAAGGCUUUUCUACCCCUGAUGCUAAGGGGUGGGGACAAGACCAUUAUUAACAUGUCCUCAACUGGAGUCCAUCAUUUCCAUACAGGUGGAAGUGGCUAUCAGCUCAGCAAGUUUGCGCUUCUGAGGCUCACCGAGUAUCUCAUAGCGGAGUACGCAGAUCAGGGCCUACUUACCUAUUCGAUACAUCCAGGAGGAGUCGCUACAGAUCUAACUCAGGGGUUGCCAGAAGCAACACGAGCUUGGCUUAAAUGCACACCCGCCCUAAGUGGUGAUACGAUAGCCUUCUUAACGAGUCGGAGACAAAACUGGCUAGCGGGUAGAUAUCUCAGUGUGAUGUGGGACAUGGCCGAAUUGUUCUCCAAGAAGGACGAGAUCAUCACGAAAGAUGCUUUGAAGAUGAGGAUGACUUUCUAAAUUGAAGGCAUGUUCAUUCAGUGUCCGCGUAGACCCGAGGUCGUUAAAUCCUCAUAUCUCAUAGCGCAUGUUAAUAGAAUGGCAUAAUUAUUUGGAUAGAGGGUCAGAUCACCACCGAUAGAA